AUGCUUGCUCUCCUAUUCACGGUGGCAAUUCUGAUUGAGAGCUGUUUCGCUCGCCAUCCGUACAACCCACGCCCUUUUCUUGUCCCUUUACACGUACGUCAAGCUGCCGGCCCCAGCAACGGCUCUUCUUUACAGGUCGACCUUGGGUAUGAGAUCUAUGAUGGAUAUCAGAACACCACAACAGGCUUGAGAGUCUGGAGAGGUGUUCGAUUUGCCGCUCCGCCAACAGGUUCGAAUAGGUGGCAGGCUCCUCAGCCUCCCGAGAGCAACCGUAGUUCAGUCAUUCAGGCAAACCAAUAUGGACCUAUUUGCCCACAAAACCAGGAUACCACCAAUACUUUUGUCCCGCUCAACAGUACCGGGUCAAGUGAGGACUGUCUCUUCUUGAAUGUUUAUGCUCCAUCAAAUGCUUCUGGAUUGCUUCCUGUGCUCGUAUGGAUACAUGGCGGCGGUUAUGGAAGAGGGAACGGCCGACAGGACAUGUCGGCCAUCAUCAACACUAACAACAAUUCCUUUGUUGGGGUCAGUAUUCAAUACCGGCUAGGUGCAUUUGGAUUUCUUGCCGGCGACGAAGUCUUUCGGAACGGCGUCGUCAAUGCAGGACUGCUGGAUCAAUAUUUUGGGCUCCAAUGGGUACAAAACUAUAUCCAUUUAUUUGGCGGCGAUGCGGCUCGAGUGACAAUUUCGGGCCAAUCCGCUGGAGGGGGCUCAGUCAUGCUUCAAGGUAUGGCCUAUGGUGGCUCCCUUGGCCAGUCAAUGUUCAGAAACACCAUAGCAUCAUCCCCGUAUUUGCCAAUGCAAUACAACUACAAUGACUGGCAGCCAUCACAAGCCUACUAUGCUUUUGCAACCAUGGUAGGCUGCGCGCCAACCCUGCCAUAUGGUGCUCACUCUGGUACUCUCUUCGAUUGCCUUGUCAGCAAGGAUUCAUCGACUUUGCAGAAUGCAAGCGCUACACUGUCAGAGUCUGGCAAAUAUGGCACUUGGUGCUUCCUACCAGUCACAGAUGGCAUUUUUGUGCAAGACUUACCAAGUCGCCAGCUUUUACGCAAAGAGUUGAACGGGAUCAAUCUCCUUGUGAGUAACAAUGCACUGGAAGGUCCAGCAUACACCCAGCCGAACAUUACCACCGAGGAUGACCUUGUGGCUUGGUUACGCCUAACAUUUCCUCUCUUCACGAAUGACGACAUCGCCAAAGUGCUGCUUUAUUACCCAAGCUCAAAUGGUACGACGGAUUCCAAUGCCCCCCUGUAUGCCUCGACCGGGACAAGCCAGCCCAGCUUCAUUAACCAAAGCAGCGUUGCCACGGGACAGCAACAACGAGCUUUCGCAAUUUAUUCGGAAACGACAUUUGUAUGUCCAGCUUAUUGGAUGGCGGAGGCGUAUAGUGACCACGGCCGCAACUCUUACAAGUAUCAAUACUCGGUGCCCAUUGCACUGCAUGGCUCUGAUGCCACGGCGUUCUUCGGACCGCCAUCACCGAAUCAAAGCCCGGAGUUUGUGGACGCCGUAAUGCAGAUAUGGGGGAACUUCAUCACAGGAGAUGAUCCUUCGAUUCCGAGCAGUGUUGCCAACGGUCCUUCGUCUAAUAGUACUGUGACGAACCCGGCGUCCGACUGGCCUCCAUAUAGGAUCUAUUCGCCAUAUCAGAUGGAUCUUAACAUCACGGGUGGAACGCCGUUUGCGUUCAAUCUUUCGUAUAUCGCGGCCAACUUGACCGAAUAUGGAGAGCCUGGACUGGUGAACAACAUUACGUUGGUCAACGCGUAUACCUGGGAGGCUGGACGUGGAUAUCGUUGCGACCUGUGGAGGAGCUUGGGAGCCAUUGUACCUGAGUAA